UGAGCAUAACAUUGGUAUUUGCAGAAUAGUAAACGAAUAACAAAUUUUAAAUAAACAAAUCAAUUAUAAAGACUAAAGACCUUAUAUGUGUUGCUAAGUUAAAACAAUGGCCACAGCAGCUGAUUGCGAGACGCUGACAAACAAAUGCCAGAAGGACACCAGUCAGACAGAUGCUAGCGCUGAACUGUCACAAAGUGUGAAUUUUGCAGUCUCGGAAAUCGCAGCAAAAGUAACGGAGCAAAUUGUAAAAAUGGAAAUCGAUACAGAUUUAACCACAACAGAGACCCUAGAUGAUUUGGAUGACCUGGACGUGCAAGCAGGCCACGGCAAAGGAAGCAAUGAAAAAACAAAAGAGCAGCAGAUGCAGCCAGGCAAGCCGCAGCACUUGGGCAAAGCGCAGCAGCCAGGCAAGGAGGAGCAUAAGACUUUCCAGGCGGAGCAGCCAUCCCAGGGGCCCGAGGUUCAGCCAAUCAAGGCGGAGACAAAGUUGGAAGGGCAAGCAGCAGCAACAACAACAACAACAACAACAGCAGCAGCAACAGCAACAACAACAGUUACUGUAAUUGAGAUGGAAACCGAAGUCGACUUAAAUCUCAGUUCAUCCAAAAUGGCGUCGCCCUGCAACGCCACCACGCGACCUGCAAAAAUCACAAGGAGCACCCUGAAUGGCGCUCGUUCGCCCACAAUAAUCAAGAGGUUACGCAAAAGCACGCGUAGCACACGCUUCAAAGCGAAGCUCCAAGGACGCAACAACCCAAAUGGCGGAGCAGCCGGUGCUACUGGCAAUCACAAUGGCCAGCUGAAUGGAAGUGGAGCUGGAGCUGGUGCAGGAUCGGGAUAUGCGCCAAAUGCAGCUGGAGCAGGCAAAUCGCACGGCAAGGCGGGCUUAGGCGGCGCUUCUGGCGGCUCCGCAGGCGGUGCAGGUGGCGGGGGCGCCAGGAACCGGCGCUCCCUGUUCAAGCGACCCGCACAGAAGACGCCGCGAGUCCAAGCCUCGAUGCAGUACGUCAAGAGCGUUUUCUACAAGGGCAGCUACAUGCAGAUCGGCGACAUUGUGAGCAUUAUGGAUAGCCAGCGCAAAAUCUACUACGCCCAGAUCCGAGGCUUGCUCGUGGAUGCGUAUUGUGAGAAGUCGGCGUUUCUAACAUGGCUAAUACCCACCCAGGAUAGUCCAGAUCCUCAGGAGGGCUUCGACCCAGCCACCUAUCUAAUAGGCCCCGAUGAGGAGCUGUCGCGCAAGCUUUGCUAUCUGGAAUUUGUGAUGCAUGCGCCCAGCAACUACUACUAUGAUUGCACCACGCCCUUUCCACUGCCCGAUGUGGAUGAGUAUCAGAGAUCUGGCGGCUACAUUUGGACGCGCUUACCCACUGUGAAGCGUGAGCGGGAGAAGGAAAGGAUUAAGGACCGAGAUAGAGACAUGGAGCGCAAGUCAGGUGCCUAGCAGUGGCCACGCCUGCGCCGGCAGCUACAG